ACUCACGCACAUUACCACUAGUCCACACACACACCCACUUUCUCUCUCCUCCCACUUUUCUCUCUCUCUCUCUCUCCCUCUUCUCUCGUCGGAACAGAUACUCCGAAAAUCUUCCUUCUUCUCCACCAUCAUUGCCAAGUGGAGCUCUUCGCACUUCCACAAACAGAACCUUCAUCUCAUGUUGUUUCACAAAGUCAUCAACUUGAUAAAAGGAUGAACUGCACCGAAAGUUCUGCUUCUAACUGAAGCAUACAUAAGCUUUGACAAGUUUCAAACGAGGGGCGUGCAGCGUGCUACCCUUUGGGGUUAGAGAAACAAGAACAAAGAUAGUUAUUGAUUCUUUUCAGGUUUAUUUGUGAUGUAAAGAUUGCAUUUUUAAUAAUUUUUUUAAAAUUUAUUUGUUUAUUGUUUUUUGGAUGAGGAGGUUAAGUUUGAACUCUGAAGAACCUUUUGGGGUGUUGGUGAAUAUUACCAGUUAGAGGAAUUGGGGUUAAUUUGGUUUGAAAGAUUUUUUACAAUUCUCAAAAUUUGUGUGGGUAACCAUUGAAAUGAGGAAUUCGGGUAUAGUUUAAGGUUGCAGCAUGAGUUUCAGAGAAAGGAACAUAGGAGGAGGAGAUAGGGAAUGUGAAGAAUCCAAAUCAGUGAGGCAAAAUGGGUCUUUAACAACCACACAGCUAACAAUUGAUGAGAAUCUUUUGGUUGAUCCCAAACUGCUCUUUAUUGGGUCCAAGAUUGGUGAGGGAGCUCAUGGAAAAGUAUAUGAAGGAAGGUGUAGGUUUUCCAGGUAUGGAGAUAGAAUUGUUGCGAUCAAAGUUCUGAAUCGUGGAAGGACCUCAGAAGAAAGAGCUUCCCUUGAAGAUCGUUUUGCUCGGGAAGUUAAUAUGAUGUCUCGUGUCCACCAUGACAAUCUUGUUAAGUUUAUUGGAGCGUGUAAGGAUCCUCUUAUGGUGAUAGUUACAGAGCUAUUACCAGGGAUGUCACUGCGGAAAUAUUUAAUGAGCAUCCGUCCUAACCUAUUAGACCGUCACGUGGCUAUAAACUUUGCCCUUGAUAUUGCUCGAGCCAUGGAUUGGCUGCAUGCCAAUGGGAUCAUACAUAGAGAUUUGAAGCCUGACAAUCUCUUGCUCACAGCGAAUCAGAAGUCUGUUAAACUUGCAGAUUUUGGUCUUGCAAGAGAAGAAUCUGUGACUGAGAUGAUGACUGCAGAAACUGGAACUUACCGAUGGAUGGCACCAGAACUGUACAGUACUGUAACAUUACGCCAAGGAGAGAAAAAACAUUAUAACAAUAAGGUUGAUGUGUAUAGCUUUGGAAUUGUUUUAUGGGAGCUACUAACAAACCGCAUGCCGUUUGAGGGGAUGUCCAAUUUACAGGCUGCGUAUGCAGCUGCGUUUAAGCAUGAGAGGCCCGGCAUUCCAGAUGAUAUAUCCCCUGAUCUUGCUUUCGUCGUACAAUCAUGCUGGGUUGAAGAUCCUAACUUGAGACCAAGCUUUAGUCAGAUCAUUCGCAUGCUCAACGCGUUUCUGUUCACACUCACACCACCAUCCCCUCAUUUGCCGGAACCUGAAAAUGAACCUGAAGUGGCAACGACAAGUAACGGUACCAUUACAAGUAACGGUACCAUUACUGAGUUUUCUGCCCGAAACAGAGGAAAGUUUGCUUUUCUCCGCCAUUUGUUUUCUUCAAAGAGGGCCAAAAACUAACAGAGUAAGUGCUAGAUUUUUUAAACUUACCUUUUGUUGUAGAUGAAAAGAUUUGCCCUUGCUAUGGUAUAUAAAUUUUAGUGCAUUUAUGAGUAACCAUCUAAGGUGACAACUAGAAGGAUGUAACAUGUUCAACAGAAGAAUAGAAUGUUGUUUAUAGACUUUAUGAAAGGGUAAGGAUAAACAAAGGAUUGUUUACAUUUUCUACUUGAUCUUUUUGUAAAGGGAUACAUUGGCUUAGUCAUUUUCCUGUUUUGAGAAUGUUAUUAAUUAACAUGUAGUAUUUCCUUGUAAAGUA